AUGAUCACGAAAAUGCGGAGACGUAUGCCGUCGCCGUCGAGCACUGCCGGAUCUCGAUGUGAUGAAAACCUUGUGGCGGUCCUGGACGAGAUCGCUUUGGGACAACCCUUGCUCACCGAUGAUUUGAAGCCCGCUCUCUUCGAAGAUGAGUAUCCGGGCAAUUUCACGAACUCCACCUGCACGACAUCGACCCUUACCCCGACGACCCUUCGAACGAUUGGAGAUGCUUUCGAAUAUUCCGCCGACGUUCCGCCACCCUUGGAACACCAACUCGCCGCAGGUUUCGCCCCGCCCACUGUCAUUGUCGCGCAACAAUUCAACAACAAUACUCAAAGGAUGCAAGAUGAUGUCGAGAUCAAGCGCGAAAUCACCGAAGAAGACGCUGGCUACGUACCGACGCCCUGGAAUUCGGAUCCGGUGAACCAGCAGAACGUCGACAUGUCUGUAUAUCAGACGUCGUUGCCGUACACGACUGCAUCGGACGUCAGACCACAAAUCACGGCGACCCCCAGCCCACGCAGGCGAAACCAGACGAACUCUCCACCUCAGCGAGAAACCCCAACUAAACGCCGUAUCAAGGAAGAAGGGCCCGCAGCGGACGAAGACGAAAUCCGCAAACGACAACGUCGCGAACGCAACAAAUUGGCAGCUGCUCGAUGCAGACAACGUCGCGUUGAUCAAACGAAUGGUUUACAAAACGAAGUUGACCUUCUCGAGGAUCGUCAGAAAGAACUCCGAAACCAAUACGAAGAACUCCAGAAGCAGAAGAAACGACUUCAGAUUUCGCUUGAUCAACACAGCUGCGUGCAUAACGACGUCUCGAGAUCCGCGUCCGUGCCGGUCACCUCUCAAUCCUCAGUACAUGCACCGAUGGGUUCCGUCGUCACAGGGCUUCCGAAUAUCUCACUGAGUCAGACUAGCGUUUCGAGUCCGAGUCAAGUGAACGUGAUCGUGCGCCGAGACUCACUCGAUUCGCGUCUGGCAGAAAUCGUACCCACUACUGUCGCGGCUAUGCCACAGCAGACUGAAAAACGCCCACGGCCAUCGACACUGCCCAUGAGCAUGUUCGAACAGACUGGAGUCCCCAUACAGACACCGUCAGCAGUGUUGUAUAGUUUCGAAGGUCUGGUCGAAGGCACAGGGCUGACCCCAGGUUUGACCCCGCUCGGAUUCUCACCUACUUGUACCCUACAGCAACGCAACUCAAACGGCGAUGUUUCCACCCCGGACACAACCCCACGCAAGCUCGUCACACUGUAAAAUCCGCUGAGCUCCUCUUGAAGAGCACACAAGAUCUCAAGAAUAGCUCAUUAGACUCCUCCAAGUCGCUCAUGGACUCUACGUCGAUUGGGGGGUUUGGAGGAGGCUUCUUGAGUCGGACUAAACUUAGUGCUGAGUCGGCGAUUGGGGAGACCAAAAUGUGCAGAAACGAAAACAAUCAAGGCAUUAUAUAGGAGUAAGAAUGAUGGUUCCCUCUGACGAACAGUUCCACCGAACAAUAAGUACCGUGGAAAAGUCCGAGAAAAAUAGUAGCAGGAAUUCAGGGAUGAGUUUCGAAAACUCUGAUAUUCUUAGAGCAGAGUCCCCCGUCCCUGAGUGAGUCCUCCUCGAUCUGACUCCAGGAUAUACCCGCGUAGAAGUGCAACACGCCCAGAUUUCCUGCUGAGAAAGGGAAGAAUAAUAUAUAUAGAAAAUUGAAAGGAUGUGCAUAUGCAGUUGUCGAUAACGCUCUCAAUCGGAUCCUGCUACGCGGAGGUUCCGAAUACAGUGCCGAUUCGUAUCCUGACAUUCUGACGCGACUCCGUUUCGGAUUCUCGGUGAUAUAAAUGAAUGGAAAACAGCUGAUUCUGCGGAUUCUAGAUAAUUCCCAACUGUCGCAACAAGUCGGCAUUACAGCUCCGCCCAUUUCUUAGGGACUCACCAUCAUACGCCUUUCACUGUAUAUAAGGCCUUGCUAUGGUAGCGUAAUCUGACGCAUCGGCGAGUGCGCGGCGUGGAAAGCCUACUACCAGGUACAAAAAACUUCUAUGGUUUCAUGGAAAACAUCGAUACUGAGCGAAUAGUCAUAGGGAAGGGCAUCGCUUCGUGCGUCCAGCGAUAGAUUCAGAGACCAUUAUAGAGUAUGAGGAAUAUCAAUCAUGAAAAUCGAAGAUUAUUGAUCGACGACGUCGAGAAAAGUCUCAGCUCCGAAUGAUUGAGAGGACUGACAGAAGGAACAAGAUCGACGGGCCGCAGAAGCCUCCGAGCUCUAGCUGAUGUUCGUUUCCUCCCAUUGUUUUAAUAUCUUCGAAAAUCGCAUACUGCUUUGUGUUCCAAGAUUCCUCUCCAAUGAACUAUAAUUAAUUUAUCGCGCUCUCGGAUGCUAGUUUGUACCUCGAAUCGACAUUUCUACCGCUUGAACGUGUUUUUCUGUACGUCUAUGCGACCAUUUCAUCACUCACCGAUUCCCGUCAUGAUUAUCAUUUGCAGAUAUUAGAUAAGCUCGACGUUCGAAGCCAAUCAGAGAAGGAGGACUGCCAGUUGAUCGCAGAUUCUAGUCCGUUUUCGUUCUGCGGGCAGAACCGUCUCUACUUCGACUGCUCGAGAUGGCGUUCUCGAGGAGCAAGAGCAGAAUCCCGGGAGCGCUCACCCUGGGACUGUAGAAACAAAGAUAUGAAGAGCGAGACAAACCGAAACACACACACCCAAACCAAUGUUGAAUGCCAAUUGUCUUUACGACAUUCGUUUAAGAAUGCUUGUUUUCCGUUUUUGGUUCUUAGAUCAUUGCCUGAGAGUUUUUUUUAUCCGAUCGCCAUUCAUUCCCAUUCGUUCCGUAUGACAGACAUUCUUCGCAAAUGAGUUUUAGCACAUUUAUCACCGAUAUUUUAUUUAUCGGAUUCGACUCCGCUCUGAAUGAGACGUGUCGUUUCGCCGAGUCCGAAUGUUUAUAAUCGAUGCCACCAGGGAAGCCGUGAAGGGACUCGUUGCACACUUCAUCAUGAUGCAGGAGAAGAAUUUAUAUGCAAUGUUCUGUCUAUCUACAUGACAAGGCGAAUAUUAAGGUAUAACAAGCAACAAUUCAAAGCGCAUAGAACUUCGGUGGCUUAACGAGUGAUUUAUCUCCGAAAUUUCGAACUCGGCGAUGUCAGCUGCCUGACCAAUGGAUGGGGGAAGGCUCGCCGGCAUCGCUUGAGAUCAGGAAUUCGCGGACUCCACGUCCGAAUUUAUUUAUAAAUAUAUACAUAUAUUUAUAUAUGAAUACUUAAAUUUCGUAUAGGUCAGAGCUACAU